AUGGUUUGGCCAAAAGAGCCUCUCGGGAGCCUUGCAAUAAAGGCGACUUUUGGUCAGAACCAGACGGUACUUGGAGAAUAUGGAGAAUCGACGUCAGAUGGUCGCUUUUCCCCAGCAGGCCGUGCCACACAGGUAGCAAUGCACAAGAUCAAGAUUGCAUCUCAGUGGACAAGGGCUUCGCAGCUCAUCCUGGGCAUUGGGCCGUGGUGGCAAGGGAGAGGGCAGAGCACGCGUGUGUUCAGAUUAAGGAGACGAACGCUGUUCCGUGCAAGCCACCAGAGGGCCGUUCAUCUUAAAAGGACCUCGGAUAGAAACCAGCUUCAGGUAAAUUUGGAGUAA